CAUUACCCUGUAACAGCGAUUGCGCCUGCGCCGUGAGUCCGCCCCGCUGCCAGCCACCCUGUCCCCCUCACGGAGGAACCGGCGGGCUGCCGGGGGGCGGCAGCGACCAUGACCCAGGCGGAGAAAGGAGACCCGGAGAACGGGAAGGAAAAGGGCGGCGAGAAGGAGAAGGAGCAGCGCGGCGUGAAGCGACCCAUCGUGCCCGCGCUGGUGCCCGAGUCCCUGCAAGAGCAAAUUCAAAGCAACUUCAUCGUGGUGAUCCACCCCGGCUCCACCACCCUGAGAAUGGGGCGCGCCACAGACACCCUCCCGGUCAGCGUCCCCCACGUCAUCGCCCGGAGGCACAAGCAGCAAGGCCAGCCCGUCUACAAGGACAACUGGCUGCUCCGGGAGGGGCUCAACAAGCCUGAAAGUACCGAACAGAGACAGAAUGGCCUAAAGAUGGUGGACCAGGCGAUAUGGUCCAAAAAGAUGUCAAAUGGCGCGCGGAGGAUCCCGGUGUCCCCGGACCAGGCUCGAUCCUACAACAAGCAGAUGCGGCCGGCGAUUCUCGAUCACUGCUCCGGAAAUAAGUGGACGAACACUUCCCACCACCCGGAGUAUUUGAUAGGAGAAGAGGCUCUGUACGUCAAUCCCCUGGACUGUUACAACAUCCACUGGCCCAUCCGCAGGGGCCAGUUAAACAUCCACCCCGGACCGGGGGGCUCCCUCACGGCCGUCCUGGCGGAUCUGGAAGCCAUAUGGUCCCACGUCAUACAGAAAUAUCUGGAAAUCCCCUUGAAGGACCUAAAGUACUACAGGUGCAUCCUGUUAAUCCCUGACAUUUACAACAAGCAGCACGUGAAGGAGAUGGUGAACAUGACCCUCAUGAAGAUGGGCUUCUCAGGCAUCGUGGUCCACCAGGAGUCGGUGUGCGCCACUUUCGGGAGCGGCUUGGGCAGCGCCUGCAUCGUGGAUGUGGGCGACCAGAAGACGAGCGUGUGCUGUGUGGAAGACGGCGUCUCCCAUCGCAACACCCGGCUCUGUCUCGCCUACGGGGGCUCCGACGUCUCCCGCUGUUUUUACUGGCUCAUGCAGCGCGCCGGCUUCCCCUACAACUGCCAGCUCACCAACAAGAUGGACUGCCUCCUGCUGCAGCACCUCAAAGAGACCUUCUGUCACCUGGACCAGGACAUCUCUGGCCUCCAGGACCACGAGUUUCAGAUUCGGCACCCAGACUCCCCGGCUUUGCUGUACCAGUUUCGGCUCGGAGACGAGAAGCUACAGGCACCGAUGGCUCUGUUUUACCCCGCGACCUUCGGCAUCGUUGGCCAGAAAAUGACGACGCUGCCCCAGAGAUCGCAGGGCGACCCCGAGGACCCUCACGACGAGCAUUACCUGUUAGCCACGCAGAGCAAGCAGGAGCAGUCCUCCAAAGCCACGGCCGACCGCAAGUCCCUGGCCAAGCCCGGCGGCUUCGACAGCGACCUGCGCGGCCCGUCUUCGGACCUGCCCGAGAGGCUCCACCCGCAGGAAGUGGAGCUGGGGCCGUCCCAGAGCGACUGCCUGAUGGCGGGCAACGAGUCCGAGGAGGCGCCCACGGCCCUGAUGUCCAGGAAGAGCGCCGCCUCCCAGUUUGAGGGGAAGGCGCUGGGCCUGGACAAGGCCAUCCUGCACAGCAUCGACUGCUGCGCCUCUGACGAUACCAAGAAGAAGAUGUACAGCUCGAUCCUGGUGGUGGGGGGCGGCCUGAUGUUCCACAAAGCCCAGGAGUUCCUGCAGCACCGUAUCCUCAACAAGAUGCCGCCCUCCUUCAGGAGGGUCGUGGAGAACGUCGACGUCAUCACCAGGCCAAAGGACAUGGACCCGCGCCUGAUCGCCUGGAAGGGCGGGGCCGUGCUGGCCUGUCUGGACACCACGCAGGAGCUGUGGGUCUACCAGCGGGAAUGGCAGCGCUUCGGAGUCCGCAUGCUGCGCGAGCGAGCUGCCUUCGUGUGGUGAGCCCCGCGGGCCCUGCCGGCUGGGAGACUCGGCCUGGCUUAUUUUCCUCAUUUAUCGGACCUUGUGUCACGGCUUUGUCGGGAGGCACCGGACAUUCGCUUUCCGUGGAGGACGCGGCAGUGUCGGGCUUAGGUGCAGCUUGUACGUGUGACCCAGCACUUGGGAAUAAACUGUGGGCUGUCGACCGUCUCACGCCAUUCUUUGCCGCGCUUUAAUAACGGAAAUCCAGAGCCGUUGCCCUGAGUCCUUCACUUUGGGGGAUCUAGACUAGUCCCCACACGGCAGCUCCCGGAGGUGAGCAGUCCGCAGACUGACCCCGGCCUCCCCUCCAUGACUCACCGGGCAGGGCCCACUUGAGCCUCCGUUGCCAUCCUCAUUUCCCGCCUCCUUUUGUAGACUGGUUUUCAUUAACUGCACGUGGCUCUCGUGGGCUUCGGGGAUGCUCCCAUUCAUCCAUUCACCCUCAGGGAAGGCGAGCCCCCUCGUGCGGGGCCCAGGUGGGGGCCCAGGCGGGAGUGCUAGAGCGAAAGAGAAGAGGAGCCGUCUCCUGCCGGCCCUGGGAGCUGUGUCCGGUGCGCUGUCCCGGCCUCCGGACGGCCGGGGCUCUCAGAGUUCAGAGCCUUGGGGCAAACCCCCCCCCCACCAAGGGGGCCAUCCAAGGGUGAAGCCCCCAGAAAAGCCCUGAGCCUAGCCAAGAGGUUGAGAAGGAAGGAGCGGCUGAGGGAGGGGCGGCAUGUAACUACCGAGACCCUCCAGCCCCAAGGUUCUGUGACCAACAAAAAACACUGGUUUUCGUUGUGUCCCACAGUGAGUUGAGCAUACAUUGAGCACUUAAUAAAUGUUUUCUGCAUUUAUGAGUGACACAGGUGACCCAUCAACAUUCUUGUGAACGAGCUGAAGAAGCUGCUGCCCAUGGAGGGCGACGACCCAGAACCCUUAGGAGCAGCCGUGAAGAAGCAGGGGUCAGACCAUGACGGAGAACCUCGUCUGUCCCCUUGCGCUCCUAGCGGAGGCGCUGCCCCGAGCUUCCCACAGCCUAGGCGCCGACGGCGAUCCUCCGGGGGCCAGAGACCUAAAGACCGGCAGGAUCUCGCGAACCAGCAGCGUGUUUAGUGUCCAGCAACUUCCAUGUGGUGGAAAUAACGUCCGUCAGUCGGCAGAUACUGACCUUGGCCUCUGUUCCAGGCGCCUGGCGAAGUGCUGGGGGUACAGAAAGAGCUUCCCCCCUCCCCGGCUAAUGGGGGGAGACCACAAGCAGCCGUGGACAGAACAGGAUGGGGAAGGUGCCAGAAUCAGGAGAGAUUGGGAAACGUUCUUAGGUCUCCUCUUCUGAGUUUGCCUCUGGAGCUCCUUGGACAAACAAAUCAAAUCCAGCUACAUCUGCAGCCUGGUUUCUUUCUCUUAAAAAAGUUUUUAUUUAAUUUCAAAAUGAAUUUUAAAAGAAAACUUUUUAUUGAUAACUUUUAAAAACACGGCCUUCAUUCCUGAAGGUUCCCAGAGACCCAAAUAUAAGGAGUCAAGAAUAAUGAAAGAGCUUGGCAAAUCUAAUCGGCCCCUCGCUUCUUCAGGGCCCAGCUUGGACAGGAAAGCUGCGGCCCGUCUGGGUUUGGCCAUCGUCACGCCUUCUGUGGCUCUGGGUUGUUUCCCUGGUUCACCUCCCUCCCUUCUGCAUCUGUCCAGGUGAUUCUUUCGGGCUCCUCAGGUGUGGUCCUGCUUGACCACUUUAUGUGGCUCCCACUGAUUCAGCCAUUCCUGAUCCUUGGGCGGCGACUCUGGUGCCACUUUUGUGCUACCACCAGCAGCGCGGCCACGAGUCUUUGCACGUGAUCGGGUCUUCGAAUCUGACUGUUUGCUGGGCAACGGGACACAUUAGCCAUCUUUUAGUAUCCUCCCCAGCUGCUCUUCAGAAAGGUUAACCUAAUUUAAAGUUAAUAUUUGCCAGUUUUCUGGGUUCAAGGGGAAAUCUGAGAGUUGUUUUGAUUUUAUUGUUAGUGAUUUGAUGGUUAAUAAUUUGCAGCUCUUUGGAGAACUGUUUUUUUCCUAUCCUUUGUGUUUGUAUUAUUUCUCUAUGCAUUUGGAAGAUCAGAUCUUUAUCAGAAAAAGCUCACUUAAAAGAUUUCUCCUCCCUCCCCCCCCAAAUGAACAGCUUCCUACUUGCAUUUUUCAUGUUGUGUUUUAUCUUUCUUGAUAAUUUAUUUAAUUAAGAACUCUGGUACCCUGUGAAAGGCA